GCCAUUGAACCGUCAAGUGCUGAACGAACGAACGACAGCGAAUCUCAGAGGCCCCGCCUUUAUAUCCGUAAUUUUAUUAUUUCAGUUGGUUUUCGCGAUGAUAUUAUUAUAAAAACGAGCAUUUAGAUACACAAGUUCUACGAAGUAGGAGACCUGUUAAGAUGGGUACAACAAAAGUGCUGUGUUUCGUCGCGUUUAUAUCAUGUGCGGCGGCGUUAUUGACGUCACCGCCGAAGAUCGUGAAGCAGCCGACACAAGAAGAGAUUCUGUUUCAAGUCGCGCAGCCCGGCGAGGUGGACAAACCGUUCAUCAUUGAGUGCGAGGCUGAAGGCGAACCGGCUCCUAAAUACCGAUGGAUCAAAAACGGCAAACCCUUCGAGUACACGAGUUACGACAAUCGUAUCUCGCAGCAAUCAGGCCGUGGUACUCUCGUGGUCAGCCAGCCACGUGAUGAGGACCUCGGACAGUACCAGUGCUUCGCAUACAACGAGUGGGGAACAGCCGCGUCCAACAGCGUCUUCGUACGACGAGCUGAACUCAAUUCCUUCAAGGAGACAGACAGCCAACAAGUCGUCAGAGCAGAGGAAGGCAAACCUUUCAAACUCACCUGUGAACCACCCGAUGGUCAUCCCAAACCUAAAGUAUACUGGAUGUUGCAAGGCGACCAGGGUCAACUGAAAACCAUCAACAACUCACGCAUGACCCUAGAUCCUGAAGGAAACCUCUGGUUCUCUAACGUGACUCGUUACGACGCUAGCGUUGACUUCGCCUACAUUUGUACAGCUAAUUCUAUCUUCAGAAAUGAGUACAAGUUUGGUAACAAGAUUUAUUUAGAAGUCACGCAGACUGGUAUUGCACCUACCUUGAACAGGCAUGAGCCGGUACGCCAGUAUACCACCAGGAAGGUCGAGAAAGCUUUGAAGGGGAAGAAGGUGGAACUGUACUGCAUCUACGGUGGAACGCCUUUGCCGCAAAUAGUUUGGAAGAAGAACGGACGAAGCAUAGUUUCUUCACAAGGCAUUACUCAAGAUAAUUAUGGAAAGACGCUAGUGAUCAGGUAUCCGACGUAUGAAGACCAGGGCACUUAUACCUGUGAGGUCAGCAACGGUGUUGGAACUGCUCAGUCUUACUCCAUACUGCUAAAUAUUGAAGCCGCACCAUUCUUCACGGUGGAGCCGGAAUUCCAGAACCUAGCUGAAGGCGAGACUGCUGAGAUCAAGUGUGAGGCUAGUGGUACUCCAGAGCCAAAGAUAACCUGGAUCCAUAAUGGAAAACCCAUAGAACAAGCGGAACCGAACUCAAGGAGACAAGUUAACUCCAACAGCAUUAUCAUCACGAACCUUGUGAAGAAGGAUACUGGAAACUACGGGUGUAACGCUACCAGCUCCAUCGGAUACGUGUACAAAGAUGUCUACAUCAAUGUUCAAUCGAUUCCACCAGAAAUCAAGGAAGGCCCAGAGAAUCUCACCCGGGUGGACGGUUCCGAGGCUGUGCUUAAGUGCAGAGUGUUUGGAGCGCCGAAACCCAUCGUCAAAUGGAUGAAGGAUGAUGUUGACGUCACUGGUGGGAAAUACAACAUAACUGCUGACGGCGACCUGGUGAUCCGUGAUGUGUCCUACACGGACGUGGGGACGUACCAGUGUUAUGCUAAGAACAAAUUCGGAGAGAAGUCCGCUUAUGGUUCCCUGGAUGUAAAGAAACGCACGGUAAUCACGGACAAGCCAGAACAUUACGAAGUAGCAGCUGGUUCCUCAGCGACAUUCCGCUGUAACGCGAACGCCGAUGACUCCCUCAAGUUGCAGAUUAUUUGGCUCAAUGAUGGGCAGCAGAUAGACUUUGAGAACCAGCCCCGGUUCCGUAUGACCAAUGACUAUUCUCUCCUGAUCUCUGACACCACUGAGCUUGACUCUGGAGAGUACACCUGUAUUGCGAAGACUGCGAUUGAUGAAGCCAGGGCGCAAGCUACUCUUACUGUGCAAGACAAGCCGAACCCUCCCGCGUUAGACGGAAUUGAAUGUCACGAGAAAACUGCUACACUUCGCUGGCACUCCAUGGGAGACAACCGUGCCCCCAUUCUGCGCUACUCCAUACAGUACAACACUACCUUCACGCCCGAUACUUGGGACGUGGCCAGUGAUAAUGUACCGGCUAUUGAUACCUCAUGGACCGUCCAGCUUAGUCCUUGGGCUAAUUACACCUUCAGAGUGAGCGCGUGGAACAAGAUCGGCCCAUCAACUCCGUCAUCGCAUUCCGAUGUUUGUACGACACAGCCAGACGUUCCCUACAAGAACCCCGACAAUGUCGUAGGAGAGGGAUCUGACCCCACCAACAUGGUCAUCUCUUGGUCGAAAAUGCCGCAAAUCGAGCACAAUGGCCCCGGUUUCUACUACCUGGUGACUUGGCGGCGUAACAUCACGGGCCAACCCUGGGUCGAGGAACAAGUCCGCGACUGGCAGCAGACUCAGUACACUGUACUCAACACACCUACCUUCGUACCCUACAAAGUCAAGGUUACCGCAGUAAACUACAAAGGUACAUCUAACGUGACACCUGUGGAAGUCAUCGGCUGGUCCGGUGAAGACAUACCAAUGCACGCCCCACAGAACUUCACCCUCGUACAAGUCACUACUGGCACCACCGCAUUGCUUAACUGGAACCCAGUAUCACCAGAGUCCGUACGAGGACACUUCAAGGGUUACAAAAUCCAAACCUGGGUCGAUGGUGAAGAAGAUAGGCUCAAAGAAAUCCUAGUCAAGGCUGACGCUUCUAGUGCUUUAGUCAGUAAAUUCAAGCCAUACAAGAAGAACAAUGCUAGAAUCUUGGUAUACAACGGCCGUUUCAACGGACCUCCCAGUGAUACUCUCAGCUUCCACACUCCUGAAGGCAAACCUGGUACCGUCAAAUCAUUCGAAGUAUACCCUAUCGGCUCUUCAGCUAUGCUGCUUAAAUGGGACAAACCUGUUGACGAAAACGGAGUCCUUACUGGUUACAAAAUCUACUACCAGAAGGUCACUGGAACAUCUCUUGGGCCAAUUCAAGAAAGGAAGAAGGAGAUCGACCCUAAGUUUGACCGCGCAAAGUUGGCUGGUCUAGAACCCAACACGAAAUACCGCAUUGAGAUCAGAGCUAAGACUAAAGCAGGUGAAGGAGACAAGUACUACGUGGAGCAAACAACUAAGUCGGUGGUGACUGCUAAGCCUGACAUUCCGGUGUUUGAGACGAGUACAUUGCCGGCUAAAGAGGGAACUGCUCACAUCCUCGUGCGGUGGAUACCGUCAUUAGAUGGUCACGCAGGUACUCACUUCGUUGCGUGGUACAAGCUGAAGGGCCACCCUGACUGGUCGAAGACUAACGAGGUGACGGAUGAUGACUACGUGAUCCUGACGGGGCUAGAGCCAGGACAGGUGUACGAGGUCAAACUGACGGCGCAUGACGGAGAGUACUUCAGCUCCAGUGAGAUCAAGGAUGUUGAUACUACGAUCGACGGCCCCAUCGUGGAGCCGGGCGAGGACAAGACGGCGUCGGCGGGGUGGUUCAUCGGCGUGAUGCUGGCGCUGGCGUUCCUGCUGCUGGUGCUGGUGCUGGUGUGCGUGGUGCGCCGCAACCGCGGCGGCAAGUACGACGUGCACGACCGCGAGCUGGCCCACGGCCGCAGGGACUACGCAGACGGCGGCUUCCACGAGUACACGCAUCCUCUGGAUAACAAGUCCCGUCACUCGAUGAGUAGCGGCACGAAGCCUGGACCAGAAAGCGACACCGACUCCAUGGCUGAGUACGGUGAAGGCGAAACUGCGGGUAUGAACGAGGACGGGUCUUUCAUCGGACAGUACGGCCGCAAGCGACGGCCCCCAACCACAGGACAGACUGAUUCCGCUUCGCAGGCCUUCGCCACUCUCGUCGGUUCACGGAGGACGGUUCGUUCAUCGGGCAGUACGUGCCGGGCGCGCGCGUGCUCCCCCCUCCGCCCCCCGCGCCGCAGCCCCCCACUUACGUCUAACUACAGCUCCCCCCCCCCCCCCAACACACAGUCAGCUAAACAUCUAGGCGAGGCUGCAGGCAAACCCGUCACACCGUGACUCAACUGCCCAGUGGGAAAUACAGCGACAUUAUCGCGUCACCAGUCUUCAUAUUGUUUAAGAUUUGCAAUAUUAUGUUGUAUUUACUUUAUAUGUUUCACGAUGUCAACCCUCAGUUGACUCGGUUGAAAUUCGACUUUUUUCGACAGCUACGACAAUCGAUACUAUAAGCUUUACAGCUAUUUGUAAGACGCGGAGAUGUCCUGACACUGCACUGCCAUUUACAAGUGUUGGAUGGUCGAAAAUAGAUGUAACUCGCGCGAUGUAAAGGAAGUGGUCAAUUAUGAAGAUCCUGUUGAGCGGGAAAAACAUCUGUGCCUUUAUCAAAUUUUGAAAGUGAUAUCGAAAAUUUCGGUAAAGAUUUCCCGGUGGAAUGUCGCGUGAGUUGACAUGUAUUUUUCCAAAGCUUUACAUUGGUAAACAGAAGGCAGCAUUGACAGUGAUUGUAUUUAGUUGAAAUUUAUUAGGGUGUAAGCAUUAGUGUAAGCUGAUAACGAAGCCUACUGUUCUGUUUCGGCCGGCUGUUAGUGUCCAUACACAAGGCUAUACGGUUUUAUUGACUAUGCUCCCUGAGAUCGUAGAGAUCGUCUCUAAGUCUGUUGAACAUUUCGUUAUUUAUGAGACUGAUUUUAAGUAAUGAGAAAUAGUCAAACUGGCACUGGCGUUCAGGUUUUGGGAGCCAUCCCCAACAUUUGUAAAUCCUGUAGAAAUAUAAAUUACUUACUCGCCACUAAUUUUAAUUGGAGUUUGUUAAAGAACAAGAUAUUAAAGAAGGUACAAUGGCAGCCGCGAUUCAAAACCUGAACGCCAAGAUACUCGGCUUGUGUUAGUAAGUAGGCGAUGUUACGGCUCGAUAUCAAUUACGUGUAGUUAACCAUACGGUAGCUGGUCAAGACUUGAGAUAAGAAAAGCUAUUUUUGUCACAGAAAAUAAGGUAAUUAGCUCUGGACUCCGGUGGUCAUGUGCGCUCGUUGCGGACGUAUCUGGCUUCGUAGUAUUGGCGUAGGGAAUUAUUGUAAGUAAAAUUAUAAGGUUGGUCUCCAAACAUCGGCUCGAUUACGAUGUACAGCCAAUGGUCAGUUCGCAAGCCAAAUUCGUAUAUCAAUUAUUUUUAUAUUAAAUGCAUAUCUUUCUAAUCGCUCUUUGUAACACGCUAUGGACCAUAAAGAUUAUUAUUUUACGAAUCGAACGUAUGACUGUUAUCAAAUUCAAUAUAUCUUCGUCAUUCUAAAAUGUAUGUACAUUUAAGCGUUGACCAAGCUUGUUCAAUUAAUUAAUGUCGUUACUCAUUACCACGCGGUACGGCAGUGUUGCAGCUGUACUUAGGAAAUCUAUUUAAUAUUUUAGUUAAACAUUAAGAACUCUUCUUUGCGUUGUCCUUCUCUAAGACUUAUUAUUCUCUUGUGAAUAAGUGUAGCUGCAAACACAAAACGCGCAAGUAAUGGUAACGACAUUUGAAUAUCUAAAAUAAUGUAUAUUUUAUUAAGAAAAAAAGAUAUUUUUAUAUAAUUGCGCAGUUUGACCACCGGGGCAUAUUGUGGUGCUUUGCAGAGUUAAAGAGAGGCGUGGUUCGGUGUUGUGAUCUCUGUUAGCGGAGACGUCGCGUCGGUGGUUCCCUGUCCUCCCCCUUCCCCUUUACGUCACUUAAUCCCACCUUUGGUGUCAGUUCACGCAACUAAAGCGCAUUGUGGUCUUUGAACGAGUAUAUUUGCCAGUAGAACGUUAUUCAAGUUGUAACAAAGCUUGUAUUGAAAGAUGGCUUCGGAUGGAGUCCAGUGGAGAAUCGUCAGAGACGUGGAUCGGAUCACUCAUUUCAACUCACCCUACUAAUAUAUCACUCGUGUAACACAUAGAUGUAGUUGGUCAAUAUUAUAAACUUGUAUAAAAGCCGCUUGAAGUGUGCGUGUUGUGUGCUGACAUUUCUGACUGUAACAUAGUAGGCGUAAUGAUAUUCGGAAAGAAUCUCGAUUAUAAAGAGUUACAGAAUCUCUAUUAAUCCCUCAAAACUUGGAUGUUUGUCUAACGGCUCCUCGGUACACUGGUAUCCAUGGAGUCGGUAACGUUUAUUGUAUAGAACCUGUCGUUCACACGUUAUAAUUAUCCGUGACCAUCCACUAGGGUACAUUUCGCAAUCUCGAAUGAAUUUAAUACGGGUCGACCCGUCACUAAAAUGUCUCUCUUACGUAGUAAUAAGUCCUCUUUAUAGGCUUUUUUCGUAUUUGAAUUUUUCAAUAUUUGACUUUAUUGAAGUUUUGCACCGAUCACAUUGAAGUUAUGCCCAAGUUAAUGUUUCUGAUUUUGGACGAGUGCGGGCGCGAGGCGACUGCCUGCUAUACCAGUGUUGUAUGAGGCCGGAACGCAGGCAGUGGUCCCCCGGCCGCGCGACACUAUCUCGAUUGUAUCGUGUCUAGAUUAAGGCUAGGGAUUCGUGUUAACUAAUGUUAGGUAGCUAACGCGUUCGCUUACUGCAUCUGUACAUGUAUAUUUUAUUCUUUGCCUUAUCUGUACCUAUUGUAUCCGGUUUAUUCGUACGCUGGCGUGUCGGGUGCGGCGUGCACCGAGGACCGUCGCCUUAUUUUAUUAUAAUUUUAUUUAUUUGUGUAUACUUAUUUAUCCGCCUGAAAGGUGUCGGGUCUUAAUUGAGUACAUUCCAGACGGUCUAACCAUGUUGAUUUUUCAAAUCGGUUUAUUUACAAGUCUCGUUACCGCGCCGGUCAGAUGUAAUCUGAACAUGUUUAUAAAACUAGACCGCCGCUGAGACUAGCCACGUAAUUUAUUAAUUAUUUAAAUAAUUAGAACCUCCCAUAUAUUUAUUUCGUCUCGUUAUUAUGUAUAGUUUGACAAGGUAACAUGUUCGAAUGCCAACAUUUUGAUCGUUCUCAUUUAGAGCUUAUACUGUAACUAAUGGUACCUUAUACAUUGCAUAUUUAUAUUUGAUGGCACUGUUAUUGUAACCCCUUUAAGUUAUUUGUUAAGGAGUCUUUAUCAUGUCUAUUGUCUAGUAAGAAUUUAAUAUAUAUCUAUUAAUAUUAAUUGAUUAUAGUAGGAAGCCUUGUUCUAUUCGCGUCUGUUUUUGUCGCUUUUUAUACCAGUUAAAGAUUGAAAAUUCUUUGUCUUAAAAAUGUCUUGUUACGGUUCAAAAUACAAAUUUUGAUAUUAGAUUGUUAGCCACCGGUAUACGGUGGAUGUUCUCACUGCCUUCCCUACUAAAUUACACUGUGUUCAUUUUAUUUUACACGUACCUAGUAAAGACCUUGCCUUACGUGAAAUUUUUGAAUGAAAAUGUGAUUUUCAUUGUACCACAUUCGAGUUGACAGCACAAUGUCUGCAUUUACUUAGCGUCACAAUGUUUACCGUGCAUGGUAACAACAGUCCCGCAUCACUAUCGUACAUCGCCGUACUCAGAAAUAGUUGAUGUUAGCAGUGAAAUUGUAAUUGGUGUGUACCUUUAUUCGGUCACAAACAUUUUGAAGAUAAUCAUAAUUUAUUACAUUGUAAUAGAAAUAAUGUUGGUAGAAGCCGAAUAUAUUGAAAGCAUCGUAGUCCCCAGCUAGCGCGAGAGAAAACUGUGUUCAUAGUAUUCAACCAUUUUUAUAAACAGCCGUAUGACGAUACCGUUCCGCUGUCUUCGGAACAGUAUUAUUAAGGUCAUGCUUUCAAUAUCUUUGUCUGAGAACAUAUUUAGUAAUAGCUGGAGUAUUCGCUAAACACGAACUGGUAGAUUGUAAUUGUUGUGAGGUACAUUCAGUGUUAUCUAUAAUGUUGACGAUGCUUCGUUUUACCAUUGGCUCGGAACAAGUGUCGAGUACUUGUGAGUUUAUUGACGGCGCUAGACGCCUCCCAUUGUUAAAUAGAUACAAAAUGGAAAAAUGAAAGCAUCUCCAACAGUUUAACUAUAUUUGCUAAGCAAGCUUUUUAUCUACAUUGGACGAUUUUGUUGAUUAGAUAAUAGUUUGCAUUUAUUAUAUUUAAAAAUGUUUAAAAUCAUGACAAAAGUGUAGGUAAAGACUUGUGUAAAAUUUUCUGAUCUGACCCGUACGAUUCUGUUCACGAAUUAUCGUAAAUUACAUUUUAGUUCGCAUUAAGUAACUGUAAUUUAUUGUAACUAUGAUGAAUAUUUUUUUAUGUUGCAUAGAAAAUAAAUAUUAAGAAAUUAUUUU